AGAGGCGCUCGCCGGUGCUCCCCGCUCGAAGCCAUGGCUCAGCACUUCUCCCUGGCCGCCUGCGACGUGGUCGGCUUCGACCUGGACCACACUCUGUGUCGCUACAACCUGCCCGAGAGCGCGCCGCUCAUCUAUAAUAGCUUUGCUCAGUUCCUGGUCAAGGAGAAAGGCUACCAUAAAGAAUUACUCACUGUAACCCCUGAGGACUGGGAUUUCUGUUGCAAGGGAUUGGCCCUGGAUCUGGAAGAUGGAACCUUCAUAAAACUUGCAGAUGAUGGUUCUGUGCUCAGGGCAAGCCAUGGCACCAAGAUGAUGACUCCAGAGGCACUGGCAGAGGCGUAUGGCAAGAAGAAGUGGAAGCACUUUGUGUCGGACACUGGCAUGCUUUGCCACUCAGGGAAGUAUUAUUUUUAUGAUAACUACUUUGACCUGCCAGGAGCUCUGCUGUGUGCCAGAGUGGUGGACUCUUUAACAAAGAACAACAGUGAUCAAAAAACACCUGAUUUUUGGAAGGAUAUAGUUGCUGGUAUACAACACAAUUUUAAAAUGUCAGCCUUUAAGGAAAACUGUGGACUAUAUUUUCCAGAAAUAAAAAGCUAUCCAGGCAAAUAUUUGCACAGGUGUCCCGAAUCUGUAAGAAAGUGGCUUCGACAGCUGAAGAAUGCUGGGAAAAUUCUUUUGCUAAUUACCAGUUCUCAUAGUGACUAUUGCAGACUUCUCUGCGAAUAUAUCCUUGGGAAUGAUUUUGCUGAUCUCUUUGACGUUGUGAUUACAAAUGCACUGAAGCCGGGUUUCUUCUCCCAGGUACCAAGUCAGAGGCCUUUCUGGACGCUGAAGAAUGAUGAGGAGCAGGACGUGCUGCCGUCUCUGGAUAAACCCGGGUGGUACUCCCAAGGGAACGCUGCCCAGCUUUAUGAGCUUCUGAAGAAAAUGACUGGCAAGCCUGAACCCAAGGUUGUUUACUUUGGCGACAGCAUGCACUCAGAUGUUUUCCCAGCUCGUUACUAUAGCAACUGGGAGACUGUUCUCAUCCUGGAGGAGCUCAGAGGACAAGAAGUUGGGAAUCCUGAGGAGUCAGAGCCUCUAGAGAAGAAAGGGAAAUUCGAAGAACCAAAGGCAAAACCUUUAAAUACUUUGUCGAAAAAAUGGGGCUCUUUUUUUAUUGACUCCAUUUCGGGACUGGAAAAUACAGAAGACUCCUUGGUUUAUACAUGGUCUUCUAGGAGAAUACAUACCUACAGCACUAUUGCAAUUCCUAGUAUUGAGGCAAUUGCAGAGUUACCCUUGGACUACAAAUUUACAAGAUUCUCUUCUGGCAAUUCAAAAACAGCUGGCUAUUAUCCAUUGGUUCAUUAGACCAUUGGUAGUAGAUCAGUAGUCUUAUCAAAUGAUGAAACACUGACAGCUAAGUAUUGUUACUUAAAAAUAAAGACCCACAUAUGCAGCAAGAACACUGUAAAAGAAAGAAGAAGAAUAAUUUUCAGGAAACACUGUAAAUGCUUUGUAACAAAUUUUUAAUGAAAACUGACCAAGAAAUUGAUACAUGUUUAUAGAUCUCCUUUUUAUAUAAAUCAUUUUGAUGUUUAAUAGCUGUAACUUAAAGUCUCAGCAUCCUACAACUAAAAAGGAACUUUAGUGAUAUUUUUGUACCAAUAGCUUUGAGAUCAGAAUUCACCUGGGGAAGAUACAUAGAUUUACACAUAUGUCUAGUCUGGUGGAUUUGGGAGUAUGGUCCGCAGAACAGUAGCAAAGUGUAACUAGCACAGGGGACCUGAGAACUUCAUCAUGAAUAUCUGUGGGCCCCAUUCCAGAACUACUGAAUUAGGAACUCUGGAACUGCUGCCCCGCAAUUUAUGUUUUCAGAAGCCAUCCAGGUGAUUCUAAUUCAGUAUCCAAUUUGAGAACCACGGAUUGGAGUGUCUCCUUCACUGGUCUUAGUAGAUAAUAGCUGAAUAUCGAUGUACAUCAUGUAAAUGUCCCAGGAAAGAGUAGCCAUAGUUGAGAACAACUGAUCUAUAUUGGUUCUUUCAGUUUAUAUCCAAGAACUCUGAGUCCUGUGAGGUGAGUUAGUUGUCCCAGCUAUUAGGUUUUAUGUUGUUCCUGUGUUUUCCAAAACAAGGAAACAGAGACAUGACUUCUGAGAUGAUAGUAUGGUACAGACAUGGUACUGAAGCCCUUAUCUUAGCCUAUUGUUAUCUCUUAGAUUCCUGCUCCCCCAUAAUACUAAAGACUAUUUAAUCAAUUCUUAAUAACUUCAUGGCAUGUAUCCUCAAAGGAGGCAAAAAUUGGUUGAUAUGAAAAGCAACAUUAAAUAAUACAUUGUAUUGUAACCUUCUAAAAGUGAACCCAUGCUCUACAAUUUUAUUCGGUAUCAUUAAUUUUUAAUGUUUGGGAGGAACUCUAAUAUUAAAAGUUUGUAGUUGGGUUACAUUUUUCUACAAAGGAUGAUAAUGAAUAAACUGGUUGAUAAAAAUCACUGUAAGAAGGUUUAGAGACAUACUAUAAUCCAGAACUGUUGUGUUCUAUCUGCUGUGAAUAGACACUAGUAGAUAUUUGGAACCAGAUAGUAUUUAUAAAUUCCUGGUUAUUUUUUAUGCUGUGAAUUUUACUUUCUACCACGUACAGUAUCAGAAAUACACUAGCCACAUUUUACUUGGACUCUACCAGAGAAUUUAGCAAAUUGACACAUGCAAUGAAAAGAUAAAUAUUUUAUUAAAGUAUGUAAGUGAUCAUUUAUAUCCCAAACAUACUUGUGGGGAUGAGUUUCUCAGGGUAGGUAAAAGAGAAUUUUUUCAUCCAAGUAGCUUUGUUUUGUAUCUAUGUAUAGAUAUAUGGUGAUAUAUUUGGCAUUGAUCUACUGUCAUUGUAAUAUUGUAAUUAGCAUACAUCGUCAGACAUUAAGCUAAGUAAAAGAUGUCAUUUUUUUGUGUGUUUUAAAUAGACACUUGAUUUUGUUUCAAAAUAGUUAUUUUCCUUAUUUAUGUUUGUUGCUUCAAUGGCAAAGUAUUCUUUUAGUGUUUAUAAACUACUCUGAAUAUGAAAUAUGAGAGUCCCAAACAAGAAGUGUAGCCAUUGAGGAGUAGACUUUUUUUUUUAACUCAGUUCAGAAGUUCUACUUUUGUCAAUACCUGCCUGAAGACUUGAAAAAGCUACCGUUUAAUUUGGCCAUUUUUUUCAAUGUUGUAAGAAAGGAAAAAGCUGGAGUUUUUUUCUAAGUUACCUUGCAACUUUCUGACAUAUCUCUGCUUCUUCUAAUGAAUGUUGUUUUUAGAAACUAACUGGGUUAACUUGGGGGAGGGAGGAGGGAGACCCCAGCGCCAACUAAACUGUC